GAUAGUGACAAAGCAAACUUUGAUAAAUUUGUUACAAAUAUAUGGUAUAAAAUAUUUAAUUGUUGGGAGAAACGAUUUUUCAUUUUUGGUUUAUUGAAAUGUGUGCCGUCUAUUCGAGCGAUGAUGUGGCUGCCUAUGAGGAAGUGGAUGAUUCUCAGUCAGGUCCGUUUUCUAAAAUUAUCUCGGAGCAAGGUGAUAAAAGCGAGAUGCAAUCGAUCAUCCUAUUGGCCCACCAGGAGCACGAGGCCCAGACCCAUCAACAAGUAAUGACCGCAAUGAAGCAACGCGAGGAGAAGGAGUUUUCCAAGCUUCGAGACAUCAACCCAUUACCCCAAAGUUUUGUUCAGAACAGAGAUGCAUUUGAUGAGGAUGUCAGAUUUCUGCUGUCCCAAAUCGCUUCAGAGGAGGAUAGAAGCGGUGAAGAUGAAGAUUAUUCUUUUUAGGAGCUAUAUUUCUAUUAAAGACUGAUGUGGCUCAAAUGCUUAAAGUUUAUUUACUGUUGUUGAAAAAAAUAUGAAAGACACUUAAAAUUUUUAAUCAAAACAAGCAAAAAUCCGAUAAGUUCGUAAGCUACAUUUGAUGAUUAUAUUAAAAUUGGUCCAUAAGCUGUCUCAUC